UGUGCCCUUAUACUAGGGCCUCCUGCUUGCUGAGUGGAGAGAGAGAGGAGGAAAAAAAAAACUUAAAAAGUCUGGCCAGCUGCUGUUCUACAUAAUAACACCAAGUGCCUGGGCCAGCCCCAGUGCAAGCUGCGUCACUGUGCAGCCAGGGAGCAAAGUGGGGAGACUGGUGUGAGCCUGGUGUGCACUGGAAACAAUAGAUCUCCCCCAAUCUCUUCUCUGCACCCGUGGAAGUGGAUCCAAUACUGUCAGCUAGUGAGAAGCCGUGGAGGAGGCGGCCAGCAUGGAGCUGCUAUGCUGUGAGUUGGAGACUGUCCGUAGGGCUCAGACUGACCCCACGCUGCUCUUUGAUGAUCGGGUCCUACACAACCUGCUGACCGUGGAGGAGAGAUAUUUGCCCCAAUGUUCCUACUUCAAGUGUGUCCAGAAGGACAUCCAGCCCUUCAUGCGGAGGAUGGUGGCCACCUGGAUGCUGGAGGUCUGCGAAGAGCAGAAGUGCGAAGAAGAAGUUUUCCCCUUGGCAAUGAACUAUUUGGAUAGAUUUUUAGCUGUGAUUCCCACCAGAAAGUGCCAUUUGCAGCUUCUGGGGGCGGUCUGCAUGUUCCUCGCCUCCAAGCUGAAAGAGACUAUCCCUUUAACCGCAGAAAAACUUUGCAUAUAUACUGACAAUUCCAUCAAACCCCAAGAGCUGCUGGAAUGGGAACUGGUGGUCUUAGGAAAAUUGAAGUGGAACCUUGCUGCUGUGACACCACAUGACUUUCUUGAACACAUAUUACGGAAGCUGCCUUUACCUAAAGAAAAGUUGCUUAUGGUCCGAAAGCAUGCACAGACCUUUAUUGCACUCUGUGCCACAGACUUUAACUUUGCCCUGUACCCACCAUCUAUGAUAGCGACUGGAAGCGUGGGAGCCGCAAUCUGUGGGCUGCAGUUGGACGACACGGAAAACGAACUCUCUGGCGAUAGUCUGACUGAGCACUUGGCCAAGAUUACUAACACAGAUGUGGAUUGCCUUAAAGCAUGUCAAGAACAGAUCGAAUCUGUGCUGGUCAGCAGCCUUAGACAAAACAGACAGCAGGCACAGGAAAGAAACACGUCUAAGACCAUGGACGAACUGGAUCAGGCCAGCACCCCUACAGACGUGCGAGACAUCAACCUGUGAGGGCUCCCGCCAAGCGAAAGAGUCUUUCUUUGUUUUCUCCCUUGUUCUGUAUUUUUAGAACAACCCGUUUAUAUCUGCUCCCACUUAGGAAAAAAAAUAUUUAAAAACUAUUUUAAAUACAAAAAAAAAAGAAAAAAAAAGAAUUAUUAUGUGUUUGGUGCCUGUCGUGUCCAUUUAGAAGGGAAUCCCACAAUAUAUUUGAUAAUUGCUGUUCUUUAUUAUUAUAUUGUUUAAAAUUAAGUGCUUAUGUAAGCAUAAAACCUAGCUAGAAAAUUGUAAGUCUGCAUUUGUGGGAUAAAACUUUAGAUGUUCCCUUUUUUUUUUUUUUUUACGUUGUAGUUGCUUACACCUCUCUCGCUAGACGUCACAGAGGGAGUGAGCAGUUAUUUGUGGUGUGUUUUUUCAUGUGUAGAUUGCAAAGCAAAAGACUAAUGGAUUCUAGAGACCGAAAAUCAGAAGGAUCCCUAAAGAGAUUGAAGCAGUUUUCCUAUUUUUGGAGCGUUGAUAAAUUGGGAUCUGUUCUGUUUUCAUUGUUAUCUAAUGAGAGGUGCUUUCUCAAUCUCCUGUUUAGUUUUUGUUUACUUUUGCUAUCUAUGGUAGCUGCUACCGAAAAAAAAAAAGAUGCUUUAUUUUUUGCAAGCCUAAAGGCAGUUAUUUUUUUUAAACCAUUGUUUUACCCCUUUUACCUUUUUUAUUUCUUCCUUAGAGAAUAUGUAGACAUAGAGAGGGGGUUUACAGCCUACUGUGGAUCACAAAUUUGGUCACGUCCAACUCCACCUUUUUGACUGUAAGGCAGGUCAUUGAACUCACCCCGUUUUGGUCUUUAGGCCUUUAGAGUAUCAGCUGUGUCCAGUGAAAACUAUUCAGGUUGUACUUUUUUGUCAAGGGGCAACCAAAGGCACAGCUGUGUCUAUGAAAUUAGAUUUUUAUAUCGGCAAGAAGCUGAGAGUGCCUGAUUUAGUCCAGGGUUUUCCAUAGGUGUAGAUACAUAACCAACGGAACACUGG